UAUACAUCUACAAUCUUUUGAAUAAACGUAUACCUCGGCAGUGGUAGUACACGAACUUUUAACUAAAUUCAUUGAUGUGAGAUAUACCUCCAUGGUUUGGCAGAGCAAAGAGCGGUGUAGCGGACAGUGACCGACUCGACCUACAGUACAACACCAUAACGUGGAUCAAUAACAACCUACCGUGUGUCCAUCUCUCUUUUUUUUAAUCAACGAGUAAUUUAUCAGCGGAAAUUAUCCGUCAUUAGCAGCCUAGCGGGGGCUUUAAUUGGUGCGAUGGCCGAUCCGGACGUACCCGUCGGGACAACGGACGACUUGGCCUCUCUCGGGAGAUUGGAUGAAAGUAUUUUGCUGAAUGAACUCAAACACAGAUAUAACAACGACAGGAUCUACACAUAUGUUGGUGACAUCCUCGUUGCAGUUAAUCCCUUUAGGGACAUUGGUAUUUACGGUCAACAGCAAAGUGAGCUGUACAAGAAUAAGAGGAGGACGGACAAUCCACCGCACAUCUUCGCCGUGUCAGAUUCAUCCUACCAGGCCAUGAUUACAGGUAGCGCAGUGGGAGGCAAGAGAAACCAAUGCAUCGUUAUCAGUGGUGAGAGUGGUGCCGGGAAGACAGAGAGUACAAAAUUCAUCAUCAAGCAACUGAUUGAGCUGUGCAAAGGGAAGUCACAACUGGAGCAACAGAUCCUUCAGGUGAAUCCUCUCCUAGAGGCAUUUGGCAAUGCACAGACCACCAUGAAUGACAACUCCAGUAGGUUCGGCAAGUACAUCCAACUCAAAUUCCAGGAAGGAAAAGUGAUGGGGGCAAAGAUUUCCGAAUAUCUACUGGAGAAAUCCAGGGUCGUCUUCCAGAACAAAGGAGAGGAGAACUUCCACAUCUUCUACUACAUGUUCGCCGGGCUUUCUCCAGAACAGCAGAAGAAAUACAAGAUGUCAGGUGCCGAUAAGUACAAGUACCUGACCAAUGGACCCAGCCUCUCGGGUGUCAAGAGAUUGAAGGACAUGCUGGCUGAACUGACCAAUGCAAUGGACCUAGUCGGCUUUCUUGAUACGGAGCAAGAUGAGAUGUUUUCCAUCUUAGCAUCUACAUUGAUGAUUGGAGAGAUUGAGUUAGAUGCCAAUGAUGAUGACGCAGCCUAUGUCAAAGGAUCAGCCGUAUCCUCAUGUGCAGUCUCUAGCGUCUCUGAACUCCUUGGUAUCAAUGAAGAUGAGUUGAAGCAAGUGUUGACCUUUAACCUGAGCUCAGCAAGGGGAGAUGUGUUCCAGCGUAACUACACUAAGCAUCAAGCUCAAGAUGCACGUGAUGCCGUAGCCAAAACGCUGUACGGCCGUCUCUUUAGCUGGAUCGUCAAUAAAGUCAAUCAACUGUUGGCACCGGAGUUAUCGCUGAAUCCAUCCGACACAACUGAAAUCGGUAUCUUGGAUAUAUUUGGCUUUGAGCAGUUUCAGACCAACAGCUUUGAGCAGCUCUGUAUCAAUCUAGCCAAUGAACAGCUCCAGUAUUUCUUUAACCAACAUAUUUUCCUGCUGGAGCAAGAGGAGUAUAAAUCAGAGGGCAUUGACUGGUCCUAUGUCGCAUUUGUCAAUAACCAGUCUCUACUGGAUUUAUUCUUAGCCAAACCCAUCGGCAUUGUUGCCCUCCUGGACGAGGAGUGCCGUUUCCCCCAGGCCACGGAUCACACCUUCGUGGAGAAGCUUACCCAGAACUUCAGUCGUAAUCACCACUUUAUCAAAGCUAAAGUGUCCACAAGUAACAACUUCAGCAUUGAUCACUAUGCAGGCAGGGUGGAAUACAACGCCAAUCUAUUUCUGGAAAAGAAUCGCGAUACGCUGCCAUCCAAAGUGAUGCAGAUGCUAAGGAGCAGUACUAAUGACCUAGUCAGCCAAAUAUUUAGAGGGACUGUGACAAGAACAGGCACCCUAGCUCUUCAGAGUAGACGCAAGUCACGCAAGUCAGUCAAACAGAGGCUUGGAAACAGAAAAACUAUGAAGAAUCUGACAGUUGGUGCACAAUUUAAGAAUUCCUUGUCGAUUCUCCUGGAAUUACUGAAUCUAGCCAAUCCUCACUUUGUCCGCUGUGUGAAACCCAACACCACUAAGGCACCAAAGACCUUCCAAGACAAGUUUGUUACCGCACAGCUUCGCUACACUGGUAUGUUGGAGACUACAAGAAUCAGGCGUCUUGGGUAUGCCUUAAGGCCACAGUUUGCAGACUUUGUCAAAAGGUACCGCGUCUUGGCCCGGAGCCCCAAGUUGGCAGCCGACAAGAACGGCUGUGUGAAGAUUCUGAAGAGCGUGGGUCUGACAGACUGGCAUGCGGGGAAAACCAAGUUAUUUCUGAAGUACUAUCAUCAAGACCUACUUGAGGAGCAGAUGCAGAGAUACGGUGAAUCAGCGGUUCACAUCCAGAAGAUCGUCCGUGGAUUCUUGGCUCGAUGCAGGUUCAAGGCCCUCGUCAAGAAGGCCAAGAGGCAGGAAGAGGAGAUGAACUCCUACUUACUUCAGAUGGCUAAGAUGAGUCUGGACUUUCAACAAAAAAUGUCCAAGAUCGUACAGGGAGAUAAGAAAAUACCAAAAGCCUUUUUUGAGUCCAUACGCAGAGGAGACAAAGUGGUGUAUAUAGAGAGUCCAGCCUCCCAGAACAAAGCACCAGAGACGGCCAAUAAAGAGUCUUCAGAAGAGGAUGAUGACGAUGAUGAUGAUGAUGAUGAGAUCAUCGAGGAUGAGUUUGUCCGCAUCAAGAAGAAUCUCUUUGGCAAAGAAGGAACGAGGCAGGCAUCUGUCCACUGGUUCAAGGCAACGCAGUCCAUGGCAGCGAGAGACCCAUCCGGAGUAUUUGCUAAAUGGUUCCAUGGCAUUAUCACAAGGAGGAGAGCAGAGGAUUUGCUUACAGGCAAGGAAAUGGGUUCCUUCCUUAUCCGUGUGAGUGAAAGUCGCUUUGGCUACUCGCUGUCUGUAUUAGGUGAGACUCGAUGCAAACAUUUCAUGAUAGACCUAACGCCGACUGGCAAGUACAUCAUUGUUGGUGAAAGACCAGUGUUCCCAGAUCUCCAGGGACUGGUCAAAUAUUACCAAGCGAACCCAGUUUCACCGUUCGGAGAUAUUCUGAAAGUACCAUGCGGCCAAGAUGAGAAUGAGUUGGACUACGCUGAGCUUCUUGCAGACAGGAGAGACAAACGUGGCUCUGGUGUGCCAUCCUCAAUCAUCAAGAGUCUCAAAGAGAAAAAAAUAGACGCUGAUGAGGCCAUUUAUAGCACAGCCAAUGGGAACACCGUAACACUCUCUGAUCCUCAGAACCUCGGGGUAGAAAACAACGCUCGCUCCCGGCCUGUCAGCGAGGCGUCGUACUUGUAUGUGGAUAGUGAGAAAACAGUUAGUGGUAGUAAACUUUCCCGUCAUAGUGCAAGACGCUCGGCUGUCCGAGAAUCAAAAUCUGGCGGUAUUCGUCGCAAAAGCACAGAUCAGUUCUGAGCCGAAAAAGGCACUACUGUAAUUUUCUAGAGCACUGACACCAACUGACAUCAUCCUCAUCAGCUAGUCUUGAUGAAGCUUCUUGUAGGCAAGCACAGUGUGAUUAAACUAUCUCAGUUUCUUGUGCUAUUUUGAGAAAAAGAAAAUGAAACUUAAAGGCAGUGGACACUAUUGGUAAUUACUCAAAAUAUUUAUUAGC